UCGCGAGAGCUUGUGAACGCUUCCUCUUGGUUGGAUAGCGGCUUCCUGGCCGGACUUUUUUCCCCCUCCUUUUUUUUCUUGGGGGAAAUUUCAACUUCUGUUUUCGCGGGUGCUCCAGGCCAAACAAUUUCGGACAGCGUUUCGCGGUCGGUCUGCUGGUUGCGAACGACAGGCCUGACUUGUCUUUUGCCGCCUUUUGUCUGUGGGAGCGCUCGCGAGCCAGAGGCCGAAUCGAAGCGACAUUCCAGCGAUGAAAUAAACUGCAUUUUGUGCACUUUUGCGCCUGUGGCACUCGCUCUUUCUACUUGACAUCGAAAUAUUAUUUGGUAUAGCUUCUGGAAGCAUGACAGGGUGUUGAAAUUAAGAGCUUACGAAUCUCAGAAACCUCUAAAGACACAACUGCAAGGGUUUGUGUAGCAAUUUGAAGGAUUGGAUGUCAGCAGAGACAACCUGGUUCUCUUUGAAAUAGAUAACUGACAAGUAUGGCACCAAAAAGAAGACCGGUCCCCUUGAUUAUAACCCCCACAGGAGAAGGACAGUCAACCAACAUAGAUGCAGCAUCAGAGGCCAAACUGGAGGCUUUGCAGAAGAAGUUAGGGGAGCUGGACUUGGAUGAACAGCAGAGGAAGCGUCUUGAGGCUUUCCUCACCCAGAAAGCCCAAGUGGGCGAGCUCAAGGAUGAAGAUUUUGACCCCAUAUGUGAACUCGGCGUAGGUAACGGUGGGGUGGUCCACAAAGUCCGUCACAAACCUUCAAGACUGGUCAUGGCCAGGAAGCUUAUUCAUUUGGAAAUCAAACCAGCCAUCAGGAACCAGAUUAUACGAGAGCUGCAGGUCCUGCAUGAGUGCAACUCACCAUACAUUGUAGGGUUUUACGGCGCCUUUUACAGCGAUGGAGAAAUCAGCAUCUGUAUGGAGCACAUGGAUGGAGGUUCUUUGGAUCAAGUGCUGAAGGAAGCCAGAAGAAUCCCUGAAGAAAUUUUGGGCAAAGUUAGCAUAGCUGUACUCAGAGGUCUGGCAUAUCUUCGGGAGAAACACCAAAUAAUGCACAGAGACGUUAAGCCCUCCAACAUCCUGGUGAACUCACGCGGCGAGAUCAAACUGUGCGACUUUGGCGUGAGUGGCCAGCUCAUCGACUCUAUGGCCAACUCCUUCGUUGGAACACGGUCGUACAUGUCGCCGGAGAGACUCCAGGGCACACACUAUUCAGUUCAGUCGGAUGUGUGGAGCAUGGGCCUAUCACUGGUUGAGCUGGCUAUUGGACGCUACCCCAUCCCCCCUCCUGAUGCCAAGGAACUCGAGGCCAUAUUUGGCCGGCCAGUGCUGGACACAGUUGGGGCAGAAGGCCACAGCAUGUCCCCAAGACCCAGGCCUCCAGGACGACCGGUUAGCGGACACGGAAUGGACAGCAGGCCAGCCAUGGCUAUAUUUGAGCUACUGGACUACAUUGUCAAUGAGCCACCACCCAAGCUGCCCCAUAGCGUCUUCACCACAGAUUUUGAGGAGUUUGUGAUGAAAUGCCUCAUUAAGAACCCUGCUGACAGAGCUGACCUUAAGAUGCUAAUGGGCCACACGUUCAUCAAGCGGGCCGAGGUUGAGGAGGUGGAUUUUGCUGGAUGGUUGUGUAAAACCAUGGGCCUUCACCAGCCCAGCACACCCACUCAUAGUGCUGAAUGAACGCUGGCUCACAGCGUAGUCACCCAUGCCAUCCUCAUCCUCCGCUUUACUUCUCUCCUUUCUGCCCUCACAGGCCUGUAUGCUUGUAAGCCUCUGGCACACCGCUGUGCACUCUUUUGCUGUUCUCUGCUUGCUCUUCCCUUCCACUGAGGUGCAUUCUGGGGCAUUGUUUUAUGAGAGCCCCUGGUGUUGGAACACAGUCAUUUGAAUGAAUAUGGAGAUUAGAGUCACUUAAGUGGAGUGGCUGUAUUUUUAACGACCACAUUAUUCAGGAAUGUCCAAAUUGGUAAAGAUCAGCUAGGUUUUGUUUGUAUAACAGCUAUUUCACUAGUUUUAUGAUGUUUUUCUUUUCUUUUCACGGUCGGUUUAUUAAUUCAUUAUAUUGUUGUUGUUUUGUUUUUUUGCUGAAGCGCUAUUCUUUGGCAUACACUGUGUUAAAAUGUAUAGCUUGGUUCAAUGGCAAGCAUUUAAUUGAGAAUCAACUGCCAUUUGCAAAGAAAAAAAAAGAAAGAAAACCAAAGAGGGCUUCUGUGGAUCAUAGAGGUUGGUUUAUUACAAAGAUGAUUAUAAAUGCAAGAUGGCCAAAUCAGCAAUGAUCAAGUGCAUACGUACAGGUGUGUAGCUCGUGCAUUGCAGGUAGCACUGCUAGUGCAUGGUCAAGUAAUCCAUCACGCCAACUAAUGGCCAUACUGUAAGUUUGCAAACAUUAGCAGAAAGAAACAUAAGUUUAAUUAGAGUUCCUGUAUCAGACACCGUUUGUCCUACUUGCUGUGCCCGUGGAAAAGAUUGGUCAUUUAGUAUUCAUAAACCUAUAAUGUUUUUUUGGGUUUUUUUCAUACAAAAUCUUGCUUCAUUUUCCAACUUAAAAUCAUCUUCAGAAGAGUAUAUUUGGGAAGAAAUAUUGUUUAUAACUUAUGCUUCAAUGUUCUUUUUUUUUUUUUUAUGAAACCUAAAAUUGCCUGCGUUAGACUUCAAGUUUGAAUACAACCAGGGUUGCACCUAGUGCAGUGCUUUUACAAUAAUCCCAAUGAAUUUAAACACAUCAAAGCUAUUUCAACCAAGACCACAACAGGUACACUCAUAGUCUGGUCUUCAGUGGUAUAUAAAGUGAAAAGUAACGUCUCAGGCCACCAUGUACAGUGCUAUGCAGAUCAAAUGAACCUCAGCAGAUAUUGCUGUAUUAGUAGGUCUUAUAAAUACACAGGUGUUACAGAUGGGCAUUGUGAAGUGUGGCUAAAGCCCACUUGCUCUAAAUAGCUUUGUGUUUCUUUUUUUUUUUUUCUCUAGUACUUUUCGGUAACAUUGAAACUGUAUUACACACUGGCAUUCAGCUCCAACUAAGUGAAUGCGUUGCCACACUUAUGUGUAUAAAAAUAUAUGUGCCGUACAAAUGGUACUGUUUUCAGUCUUAAAAUAGCAUUUAUUUGUAUUUUUGUUUUGUUUGUUUGUUUUGGCCUAGUUUAGAGAAGAGUAUAUGUCAUUUUAUUACCAUAUGGAAUGUGUUGAAUACAGUUCUAAUAUAAAAAUAAAACUUAUUUGUGAAUGAUAA